AUGUCAUCAAAACCUCAUACCGGUUUGGAAACUUCUGGCCCCCAGGGACAGCAAGAACAAGAACAACAGACGGAGCAGAGCUCACCCACGGAAGCACAUGAUAGAGGCGUUCAUGAUGAGGUACCAAAAAUCAAGAAGCAUAACGAACAAAAUAGUGGGCACAAAUCAAGGAGGAAUAGUGCAUAUAGUUAUUAUAGCCCACGAUCGCUUUCCAUGACCAAAAGCAGGGAGAAUAGUACUCCGAAUGGCAUGGAUGAUGUGAAUAUUCCGAACGUAGAACAUCCAAGACCCACAGAACCGAAAAUGAAAAGGGGUCCGUAUCUGCUGAAGAAAACAUUAAGUAGUCUUUCGAUGACUAGCGCGAGUAGUAAUCAUGAUGAUAAUAAAGACCACGGUUACGCUUUGAAUUCUUCCAAGACGCACAACUAUCCGUCUACUCAUAGCCAUCAUGACGCUCAUCAUGAUCAUCAUCAUGUUCAGUUUUUUCCUAAUAGGAAGCAAUCAUUUGCAGAAAGCUUAUUCAAAAGGUUUUCAGGGUCAAACAAUCAUGACGGCAAUAAGUCAGGAAAGGAGAAUAAAGUUGCUAACCUAUCCCUUUCGACAGUGAACCCCGCACCUGCUAAUAGGAAACCUUCUAAAGAUUCUACUCUAUCUAACCACUUGGCGGAUAAUGUGCCGAACGCUCUACGAAGGAAGGUGUCCUCAUUAGUUCGUGGGUCUUCUGUCCAUGAUAUAAAUAGUAGUGUUGCAGAUAAACAAGCCAGACCAAAGGUUGUUGCACAAUCAGAAAAUACAUUACAUUCGUCCGAUGUCCCCAAUAGCAAACGCUCACACAGAAAAAGUUUUUUGCUAGGUUCUACGUCAUCUUCAAGCAGUAGAAGAGGUUCGAACGUUAGCUCAAUGACUAAUAGUGACAGUGCAAGUAUGGCGACGUCGGGUAGCCAUGUUCUCCAUCAUAACGUAUCUAAUGUUUCUCCAACUACUAAAAGCAAAGACAGCGUUAACAGUGAAUCCGCCGAUCACACUAAUAAUAAUAAAUCCGAAAAAGUGGCCUCAGGGCAUAAUGACAACAUUCCGGAAAAUCCUAGUUCUGAAAACAAACGCGAAGCCCUAGUGCCUACUAUAGAAAAACCCGUUGCAUAUAAACCAUCCCUUUUCAGGUUAGAUACAAACCUUGAGGACGUCACUGAUAUUACAAAGACAGUACCUCCCACAGCUGUCAAUUCUACACUAAAUUCUACACACGGUACCGAGACUGCCUCACCUAAGACGGUGAUUAUGCCUGAGGGCCCAAGGAAAUCAGUGUCGAUGGCUGAUCUCUCCGUUGCUGCUGCUGCCGCACCUAAUAGCGAAUUUACAUCAACUUCGGAUGAUAGAUCACAAUGGGUAGCACCUCAGAGCUGGGAUGUGGAAACCAAAAGGAAAAAAACAAAACCUAAAGGGAGAUCGAAAUCAAGAAGAGCAAGUAUAGAUGCUGAUGAACUUGACCCCAUGUCACCGGAACCAUUGUCAAAAAAAGACUCUCAUUAUCGUAAGAGUCGUCAUCACCGUCGCCAUCGCGAUCGAAAGGAUAAUGAGUCGCUGGUCACUGGGGGCGACAGUAAUUCAAGCUUUGUUGAUGUAUGUAAGGAAAACAUUCCAAAUGAAGGCAAGACUGCGGUUGAUUCUAAAUCUGUAAACCGCCUCAGAAGUAAUUUGGCUAUGAGUCCCCCAAGUAUACGAUAUGCUCCAUCGAAUUUAGACGGAGACUACGACACGUCAUCGACUUCCUCAUCUUUACCAUCCUCAUCAAUUAGUUCAGGAGAUACAUCUUCUUGCAGCGAUUCCUCUUCAUACACUAAUGCGUAUACGGAAGCUAACGGAGAUCAGGAUACAAAAGCACCGAUCUUGAAUAAAACGAAAUCAUACACCAAGAAAUUUACAUCUUCUUCAGUAAAUAUGAAUUCACCAGAUGGUGCUCAGAGUUCUGGAUUAUUACUACAAGAUGAGAAGGACGACGAAGUCGAGUGUCAACUGGAACAUUACUAUAAAGACUUUAGUGAUUUAGAUCCAAAGAGGCACUAUGCAAUUCGUAUUUUCAAUACCGACGACACUUUUACAACCCUGUCAUGUACUCCAGCAACUACCGUUGAAGAGAUAAUUCCUGCGCUAAAAAGAAAAUUCAACAUUACAGCGCAGGGGAAUUUUCAAAUUUCUUUGAAAGUAGGAAAGCUGUCGAAAAUUUUGAGACCAACUUCAAAACCAAUUUUAAUUGAAAGAAAGCUUUUACUUUUGAACGGUUAUCGAAAAUCAGACCCGCUGCAUAUUAUGGGUAUAGAAGAUCUGAGUUUCGUUUUCAAAUUUCUCUUUCAUCCUGUCACACCUUCUCACUUUACACCUGAACAAGAACAAAGAAUAAUGAGAAGUGAAUUUGUUCAUGUAGAUUUAAGGAAUAUGGAUUUGACUACACCUCCCAUCAUUUUUUACCAGCAUACAUCGGAAAUAGAGAGUUUAGACGUAUCUAAUAAUGCGAACAUAUUCUUACCUCUGGAGUUCAUUGAAAGCUCAAUAAAACUAUUAAGUUUGAGAAUGGUUAACAUCAGAGCAUCUAAAUUUCCUUCUAAUAUCACCGAGGCGUAUAAACUAGUAUCAUUGGAAUUACAGAGAAAUUUCAUAAGGAAAGUUCCGAACUCAAUCAUGAAACUGGGUAAUUUAACGAUAUUAAACCUUCAAUGUAAUGAGCUUGAAAGCCUACCAGCUGGGUUUGUUGAACUGAAAAAUCUGCAAUUAUUAGAUUUGUCUUCAAACAAGUUCAUGCACUACCCAGAAGUCAUUAACCACUGCACCAAUCUUUUACAAAUAGACUUAUCGUAUAAUAAAAUUCAAAGCUUACCACCGUCUUGUAAGCGGCUAGUAAAACUUGCGAAGAUGAACCUUUCUCAUAACAAAUUGAAUUUUAUAGGCGAUUUAUCGGAAAUGACAAGUUUGAGAACGUUGAACUUGAGAUAUAACAGAAUAUCAUCAAUUAAGACCAAUGCAUCUAAUUUGCAGAACCUUUUUUUAACAGAUAAUAGAAUUUCCAACUUCGAGGAUACUUUGCCGAAACUAAGAGCCCUUGAAAUUCAAGAGAAUCCAAUCACUUCUAUAUCCUUUAAGGAUUUUUAUCCCAAGAACAUGACAAGUUUGACGUUGAACAAGGCACAGUUGUCGAGUAUUCCUGGAGAAUUACUCACCAAACUAUCUUUUCUUGAGAAACUUGAACUAAAUCAGAAUAAUUUAACUAGACUGCCACAGGAGAUAUCCAAGUUGACUAAACUAGUUUUCCUUUCCGUAGCGAGAAACAAACUAGAGUAUAUCCCGCCUGAGUUAUCUCAGCUAAAAAGUUUAAGGACAUUAGACCUACAUUCCAACAACAUAAGAGAUUUUGUCGAUGGUAUGGAAAACCUCGAACUAACGUCAUUGAAUAUUUCAUCGAAUGCGUUCGGUAAUUCCAGUUUAGAAAACUCAUUUUACCAUAAUAUGUCAUACGGGUCAAAGUUAUCUAAAAGCCUGAUGUUUUUUAUUGCUGCAGACAAUCAAUUUGAUGAUGCUAUGUGGCCACUUUUUAACUGCUUUGUCAAUCUGAAAGUGUUAAAUCUUUCUUACAACAAUUUCUCAGAUAUAUCGCACAUGAAACUUGAAAGCAUUACCGAAUUAUACCUCUCCGGUAAUAAGCUUACGACAUUAUCAGGUGAUACAGUAUUAAAGUGGAGCUCUUUAAAGACCUUAAUGUUGAAUAGUAACCAAAUGUUAUCUUUGCCUGCCGAAUUAUCGAACCUGUCACAGCUAAGCGUAUUUGAUGUUGGAGCUAAUCAAUUAAAGUAUAACAUAUCAAACUAUCAUUAUGAUUGGAACUGGAGGAAUAAUAAAGAACUAAAAUACUUGAAUUUUUCAGGUAAUCGAAGAUUUGAAAUAAAGUCGUUUAUAAGUCACGAUAUUGAUGCUGACUUGUCAGAUCUGACUGUAUUACCUCAAUUAAAGGUACUGGGUUUAAUGGACGUAACUUUAAAUACUACUAAAGUACCGGAUGAAAAUGUUAAUUUCCGUUUAAGAACGACUGCAUCGAUAAUAAAUGGGAUGCGCUAUGGUGUUGCUGAUACGUUGGGUCAAAGAGACUAUGUAUCAUCCCGUGAUGUUACUUUUGAAAGAUUUCGUGGGAACGACGACGAGUGCUUACUAUGCCUUCAUGACAGUAAAAACCAAAAUGCUGAUUACGGCCAUAAUAUAUCAAGAAUUGUUAGAGAUAUCUAUGACAAAAUACUAAUCAGACAACUCGAAAGGUACGGAGACGAUACGGAUGACAAUAUAAAAACCGCACUUCGUUUCAGUUUUUUGCAACUGAAUAAGGAGAUCAAUGGGAUGCUAAAUUCCGUUGAUAAUGGUGCUGACGUUGCCAAUCUUUCGUAUGCAGAUUUGCUAAGUGGUGCUUGCUCUACUGUGAUAUAUAUCAGGGAAAAAAAACUUUUCGCUGCAAAUCUAGGUGACUGUAUGGCAAUUCUAUCAAAAAACAAUGGUGACUACCAAACACUAACCAAACAACAUCUCCCAACAAAGAGAGAAGAAUACGAGAGGAUCAGAAUAUCUGGUGGAUAUGUCAACAAUGGAAAAUUAGAUGGUGUUGUAGAUGUAUCUAGAGCAGUCGGAUUUUUUGAUUUGCUUCCUCACAUUCAUGCCUCUCCCGAUAUUUCUGUCGUAACUUUAACGAAAGCAGACGAGAUGCUUAUUGUAGCAACGCAUAAAUUAUGGGAAUACAUGGACGUAGAUACAGUUUGUGAUAUCGCACGUGAAAAUAGUACCGAUCCGCUGCGUGCCGCAGCUGAGUUGAAGGAUCAUGCCAUGGCUUAUGGCUGUACAGAGAAUAUUACGAUUCUGUGCCUUGCUCUUUACGAAAACGUCCAGCAACAAAAUCGGUUCACUCUGAAUAAAAAUUCUUUGAUGACUAGGAGAAGUACUUUCGAAGAUACUACAUUAAGAAGACUUCAACCUGAGAUUUCCCCGCCAACAGGUAACUUAGCAAUGGUUUUCACUGAUAUUAAAAGUUCAACUUUUUUGUGGGAGCUAUUCCCUAACGCAAUGAGGACCGCAAUAAAAACUCACAAUGAUAUCAUGCGUCGUCAACUACGGAUUUACGGUGGUUACGAGGUAAAGACAGAGGGUGACGCCUUUAUGGUGGCAUUUCCUACACCAACUAGUGGCCUGACAUGGUGUCUAAGUGUCCAAUUAAAGCUUUUGGAUGCACAAUGGCCGGAAGAGAUUACCUCAGUUCAAGACGGCUGCCAAGUUACAGAUAGAAAUGGUAACAUUAUUUAUCAAGGCCUAUCAGUUAGGAUGGGUAUUCAUUGGGGUUGCCCAGUUCCAGAGCUUGAUUUAGUGACUCAAAGAAUGGACUAUUUGGGGCCGAUGGUCAAUAAGGCAGCGAGGGUUCAAGGUGUCGCUGACGGUGGCCAGAUUGCAAUGAGUAGUGAUUUUUAUUCCGAAUUCAACAAGAUAAUGAAAUAUCAUGAACGAGUAGUGAAAGGCAAAGAAUCGCUCAAGGAAGUUUAUGGUGAGGAAAUUAUUGGAGAGGUUCUUGAAAGGGAAAUUGCAAUGCUUGAAAGCAUUGGUUGGGCAUUUUUUGACUUUGGUGAGCAUAAGCUGAAGGGACUUGAAACCAAAGAACUUGUCACUAUUGCAUAUCCUAAGAUUCUUGCUUCCAGACACGAGUUUGCAUCUGAAGAUGAACAGUCAAAACUAAUCAAUGAAACCAUGUUAUUUCGCUUGAGAGUUAUUUCAAAUAGACUAGAAUCUAUAAUGUCAGCUUUAAGCGGUGGCUUUAUUGAACUAGAUUCUCGAACAGAGGGAAGUUAUAUUAAAUUUAACCCUAAGGUAGAAAAUGGUAUUAUGCAAUCGAUUUCAGAGAAGGAUGCGCUGUUAUUUUUUGAUCAUGUAAUUACUAGGAUCGAAUCCAGUGUGGUACUGUUACACCUACGGCAGCAGAGGUCUUCAGGACUGGAAAUUUGCAGAAAUGAUAAAACAUCUGCUCAAAGCAACAUUUUCAAUGUUGUUGACGAGCUUCUAGAAAUAACUAAGAACCUAAAGGAUUUAUCCCCUUGA